CCCUCGAGCCAGUACCGUGCGCGUCUCCGUAUCUGUAGCACUUGUGUAUUGUAGACGUGCCCACCUGACGCCGACAACCGAAAACGAACUGUAUGAAUUAACCAUGGUUCGACGGAGCAUUUCUUUCGGAAUGGUGUUUUAUUAGUUGUUUAUGUGAUAAUCACCACAUCGUGUGUUAAAUUUGGACACCAAAACAGUGGUAAACAACCGGUCCAGAUAGGGAGGCUGUGCCGGUCUCACGCCCGUGCCCGACUACAGAGGAAUGCGGCAAUUUUAACUACUGCGGUGCCCGGGAACAUUCACGGUUAGGGAUCGGCCGAUUACUGUCUGUCCAACAACAAGUAACGAACUGUGAUCGGAUGCACCGAAUAUUGGUGAUGCAUCAACGAUGAGUCGCCGCGCGCGGCCGUGACAUGGGAGCGCAGGCAUGGGCUGGCGCGCCGUGCAACCGCCGCACAUCGCCGCCGGCUUGCUUCUGCUGCUGCUAGUCAAUCUACCAGUGACCUGCCACCAAGACCACCAAGAUGCCGUGCACAUCACAGCGAUCCUCGGCGAGAGCGUCGUCUUCAACUGUCAGGUGGACUUCCCCGAAGACAUCCCGGUGCCGUACGUCUUGCAGUGGGAGAAGAAGGUAGGCGAAACGGGACAGGACAUCCCGAUCUACAUCUGGUACGAGAGCUAUCCGACGCACAGCGGGGAGGGGUACGAAGGCAGGGUGUCGCGUGUCGCGCCCGACUCGCCCUACGGCGCUGCCAGUCUCAAUCUCACCAAUAUUCGGGAAUCCGACCAGGGUUGGUACGAAUGUAAGGUGGUAUUCCUCAACCGUUCACCAAACCAGCAUAAGAACGGCACUUGGUUCCACCUGGACGUUCACGCGCCACCGCGCUUCUCCAUCACACCGGAAGACAUUAUAUACGUUAAUUUAGGAGAUGCCAUCAUCCUCAACUGCCAAGCGGAGGGUACACCCACGCCCGAAAUCCUGUGGUACAAAGACGCGAAUCCGGUGGAACCAUCUGGUACAGUGGGCAUUUUCAAUGACGGCACAGAACUCCGCAUCAGCAACAUUCGUCACGAGGAUAUCGGCGAUUAUACUUGCAUCGCGCGCAACGGUGAAGGGCAAGUGUCGCACACAGCACGCGUCAUCAUCGCCGGCGGUGCUGUUAUCACUAUGCCUCCAACCAACCAAACAAAAUUAGAGGGUGAAAAGGUACAGUUCUCGUGUGAAGCUAAAGCCUUGCCCGGGAACGUAACAGUGAAAUGGUUCCGUGAAGGUGCACCCGUAGCCGAGGUGGCGGCGCUUGAGACAAGAGUAACUAUUCGAAGAGAUGGCGCACUUGUCAUAAACCCAGUCGCCGCUGAUGACUCCGGACAAUACCUCUGUGAAGUUUCUAAUGGCAUUGGAGAUCCGCAGAGCGCUUCGGCAUAUUUAAAUGUUGAAUAUCCCGCAAAAGUGACGUUCACACCAACUGUGCAAUAUUUGCCGUUCCGUCUAGCAGGCGUCGUGCAAUGUUACAUAAAAGCGAACCCUCCUCUUCAGUACGUCACAUGGACAAAAGAUAAAAGACUGCUAGAACCGUAUCAGACUAAAGAUAUAGUGAUUAUGAAUAAUGGCUCUCUACUGUUCACCCGAGUCAAUCAGAACCACCAGGGUCGGUAUACCUGUACGCCAUACAACGCGCAGGGUACACAGGGAUCUUCAGGACCCAUGGAAGUGCUCGUACGCAAACCUCCAGUAUUUACAGUGGAGCCGGAACCAUUAUACCAAAGGAAGGUGGGGGAGUCAGUGGAGAUGCACUGCGAAGCGCAAGAGGCGGAAGGCACGCAGCGGCCCAGUGUGACGUGGCGGCGGCGCGACGGGCUUCCACUGCAAAAAAGCAGGGUACGGGCGCUCGCUGGUAACAUCACCAUCGACACGCUGCGAAGACAAGACUUCGGCAUUUACCAGUGUGUCGCCUCCAAUGAGGUGGCAACGAUAGUGGCGGACACGCAGCUAGUGAUAGAAGGCACGCAACCGCAUGCGCCGUACAACGUGUCCGGAACCGCAACAGAGUUCCAGGUGACACUACGCUGGCAGCCGGGGUACGCGGGCGGGCCCGACUACAAGCAGGACUACACUAUAUGGUACAGGGAGGCUGGCUUCUCCGAGUGGACCAAAGUACCCGUUACGCCCUCUGGUGCUACUUCUGUAACAAUAAAUCGUCUUCAACCGGGUACUACAUACGAAUUUCAAGUGAACAGUAAGAAUACUAUAGGUGAAGGAAUGAUGAGCAAGGCAAUCACAAUAAGAACAUUAGAUGUAGGCGCGAAGCCGAAGGUACCGCCCACCCCGGCGGGACCCGUGGACGAUAAGAUAUUUCCGAUCCCACCCGAAGGUUCUGGUCCAAAAUCCGGUCCGCCACGCAAUUUAACUGUGACAGAGGUGCACAAUGGAUUUUUGAUAACGUGGCAAGCACCCCUCGAACGGGCACAACUUGUGCAGUACUACACAAUCAAAUACCGCACCGACGCGCAGUGGAAGACCCUUAACAGAGGACAAAUACGUCCCGAAGAAACCAGUUACCUUGUCAAGAAUUUGGUGGGCGGCCGAACUUAUUAUUUCCGCGUAUUGGCAAACUCAGCAACCAGCUACGAAAGCUCCGAUGAGGUGAAGUUCCCGGUGCCGGCGAGGGUAAAGCACAAAGCCAUCACAGCAGGCGUGGUCGGCGGCAUACUGUUCUUCAUUGUCGCUAUCAUACUAUCCGUGUGUGCUGUCAAGAUAUGCAAUAAGCGAAAACGUCGUAAGCAGGAGAAAGCAUACAACAUGGUAGCCGCGCGACUGACAGAUCUCCGCGCCGCUGACAGCACUCAAGUGCCUUUUAAGAAAUUUAGAGAACGCGGAAUAUCGAGUAUAGUACAGUGCUUACGAUUCACUGCAAAUUGGGUGUGGCCUGCGUCGCGGUGCGGUGGCGAGGCGCACUACUGGAGCUCGGCGGGGCGCGUGUCGCUCGCGCCCUCCCCGCCCUCCCCGCCCUCCACCGCCUCCGCCUCGCCCGCGCCCUCGCUCGCGCCCUCCUCCUCCGACGACGGCGGCUUCUUGCCGCGGCUUCGAGCGCCGCUACGGCCUUCCGCCGCGCCGCCGCUUUUCCGAGCGUCGUCACCUGCGCUCGCUCUGCAUUGGCCGCCCUGGCCGCCGUGGCCACCGUGGGCGGCGGCGUGGACUCCAUGGUCACCACUACAUGUGUCAGAUCUUAGCUCUGUGCCUUUCCCAAGCUCGGCGGAUGGAUCUUUCCCGACUCCCCCGUCACCGUUUAGACUACGAGCGAUGCGCCUAGAGCCCAUGGCCCGGUCGAGCAAUUUAGCGCGGCCCAGAGCGCGCCCGUUACCGCGUCACACUCGACCGCGGACCAUCUCAGAGCUACCGCCACCACCGCACGAGGCCUCGCCCGAGAGUCGCAGCUCGUCGAGCGGCUUCGGCAGCAAGAACGCGUCGUCGUCGCAGCAUAACCGCAGCAGUCGCACAGGCAGUCUGGCGGAGUGGAGACCGCCGCCAUACCGACCGCCGCCGCCAGCACCGCUUCCGCGGCCCGGCUCCGGCGAAGCCGUGGACGCGGGCUCAGUGGAUGUGCAUUAUGAGUGGGAUCGCGCAACUCGUACGCCUACGCCUUCGACGCCAGAGCGACCGAGGGCACGACCAUCUCGCGACGACGUAGAAGCGCGGGUUCGGGCCAUGAAAGAGGAAUUCUUGGAGUUUCGCAAGCGGCAAGCACUUCGACGACGAUCACCGGAGCCGUUGGGUCCGCCACCGAUGUCGCUGGUACCGCUACCGCUGUCUCCCACCUCGCCACCCGCCGAAACUGUAUGCUGAAGCACCAUUGUAUUGAAGUACGCUCUUACCCCACCGAAUCCCAGUUCUAAUUAGGAUUGUCAUCUCCAUUGAAUGCAGAUGGUAGAUAAAUAUAUAUGGAUACCUACUAUCACAGUUACAGAAUCCAAAAACAAUAAUAUAGAGAUGUGUUCAGAGGAGAUUACGACCUUUAUGAACUUCGCUUGAUCUCUCUAUAAAGUAGCAACAAACUUUUAAAUUUCAUUCGAGUAUACUAGUACAUGUUCGAAUAGAUAAUUUGGCUUUAUUAUCAGCAAACCUCCGCCUAGCAAAUUGUAAAACGAUGGGCACGAGGAGGUUAAUCUAAUCUACUGGUAGUAAUGCCUCUCGACAAGGUUUACAUAUUGUUCGGCCUGGAAUCAGCUAAACGAAGGCAAUAUUCCGAGGUAGAUAUGAAAUGAUACGUUCACUCUUUAAGUAGUGUUAAUAAAAAAUCCCACCUUGGUCACUGACGCUGCGAAUGGCGUCGAUGGCCCAUAUAUAAUAGGUUAUUUAGAAAUGAUGAUGUCGGUCACGUAAAGAUAUAUGACUGUAAUAAUGUACGUAUAUAAAGUGGAUGCUGUGACGUUUCGUAUUCGCACUGCCUGUACUCCUUCUGAUAUAAUUGUGUCAAUUAACAUGGUUAACAUAAAUUUAAAAGUGCUUAUAUCCAUAAAAAUUGAUUUAGUUGGCACUAUUAUGAAUAAGUAACAAACAACGUAGCGCUAUAUAAGGCAUAUUACUACGCGUAGAUUAAUAAAAUCCAAAGUACAAUUCUCGGUCGGGAGAAUUUAGGGAUUGAACCUGGGUGUUAUAGGAUAUAUCUAUGAUGUUCUUUGUCUAAUUUUUCAUAACACAGCAUUUUAUAAUUAGUAGAUGCACAAAGUAUAAGAAAGAAAUAUUUUCAAAUACAAAAUAUGUUUGAAAAAGUUUCACUAUAGAUAAAUCAACAACGAAACAUUAAAGAACGUAUCGUAACGUAUUAAUCUGAGUAAUAAGGUGGAGACGCGUGCCAUGGCUAACUUAUGUUGUGAUGUAUAAUAACUAUAAAGCAUAGUUCUCGUUGCGUAAAAAUAAUUGUACGGUGGGCAGGCAGUACGAAGGAACACGUUCACCUAAACGCUUUAGGUAUGAGUGGGGGAGCAUCCACGACACCGCUCAUACCAACAUUAUAUUGUAGUUAUUAUUGUAACUAAUUACGAAUAACGAUUUAUUAAAAAGAGUACCCGCAGCCGGCCCACGACGAUGUGACCGAGCGAAUGUCUAAAUAGAUAAGUGUGAGAGGUAAAACAAGGGCGCGACGUCGCGUGUCGGCUCCGUAUACUCAUUUAUAUAUAAUAUACAACAAAAUAAUCAUAAGUAGAUACUAGAUUUAAUGUAGAUCAAAACAAGGCAUAAAAACUGAAUUGUUUGAUAUUUUCAAUCGUUUAUUUUACAAGUACAAAUUUAUUAAUUUUAUUAUUGUUUAUGUACCUACAUUAUUUAAUUUAAAAACUGUAAAUAUGUAAAAACAUAUUAGGUAUUAUCUAUACACUUAUUUAUUUAGUAAUUGUAUGUAUGAUUGAGGUUCUCUUGAACUUUUUGCCAGUACUUGUGAGGCACUAGACACUGUCGCCAUUUCUUGCUAAUUAAUUUAAUGUUUUUAUAUUUUUUAUUGUUAUACAUACUUCUAAUUAUAGAACCAAACGAAUGGCUCGUGUCGAUGCCCAAAGUACGUACACAAAAGUUCAGUCAAUUGUUUUGUACUUGGGUACUUGUUCUGCCUGAUCAGUACCUACUAUGUCGACUGAAGUUAUAUAAGUUUCAGCGAGUCGUGUUGAAAGUUGGACAGAGGCAUUCAAUAUAUCAUACAUUAUUUGUCAAAAUGAACGUAAUUCGUCUCUCGGUUCCUGGAGCGAUCCCACCUAAUAGAUGACCAGUCAAAGAAAAGACUGUUUAGUAGGUAUUACAUUUGUUAUUAGGUUUAUUUAUCGCCUCGGACGUGCUCUUCGAUAUCUCCUUGCAUGCACGUUGCACUAUUUUGUAUGCGUCACUUGUGAAACAGGUCAUCUCUAAUAAUGAAAUAUUGUUUUUAAGGACCUCCUAAGAAAUAAGUAUAAAAAUGUACGCUUUAAUGAAAUUGAAAUAAAUUAUUAAUAACAAAUAGAUAGGUAGGUAUGAUAAGGUGUAGUUACGUAUGUGCGUGCAUGGAUUGGGAGCGCCUGCCCGCCGCGACUGGGCCCGGCCGCGCGCUGCGAGCCGCCGUAUCACGUUAAGUCUAGGACAGCGAACGAGCGCAUCAUUUAGUUCACUGCCGACGACGAUCUAACUAGAUUAAGAUACGUAUAACGACACACGGUAGAUGUUUGUUUCCAUUAUUUUCUAACAUGUUCUCUAGUUAACUCCAGCCAUAGUGAUACACAUUAGAAUAUUAGGGUCGACGGUUUGUGCAAUAAAUUAGCCACGGUUCAGUAAAUUUAUGAUUAUGUCAAAACAUGCUCAAUUUUUUCGACUGACCAACUGUGUAAUGUAUCAGUAUAAAUAAAUUUUGAAACACGAUCAUGUAAUACGAAUUUAUGCUUGAGCGUAGGUCAAAAUAAAAUUGUGUUGCUAACUGCUUUGACACUCGGUGCCAAGCAGAUUACGUACAUAUAAGUAAGCAUGGCUCCAGUAUCGUCACCAGCGUUCUCAAGGACUGGUAAAUAAAACCAUUAGCAUGAAAGUAGUUUAGCCCCAGGACAUGGGAACAAAUGCGUCUACAUUUAGUACAUAUACCUAACUAUAGGCCGAUAAUAAUUAUGCACAAAACAUAGUAUCUUCAUUUUUUCUGAAUUACGUUAAAGAAUUAUAUAAACUUCUUAAAACGUUUUCGUGCUAGACUAUAUCUACUGUAAAUACAGAUCGUUUGUUUGGAUGUAUUUUCAAGCGAUUGCACAGCUAUCGCACGGAAUAUGUAGAUACACAGUAAAAUUGGAUAUUUUGCGUACAUUUUAUAUGUCCAAAAUUCAUUUCUUAUUUAAAAAAAUAAGAUUUACACAUCAUUGACAAUUACGUUAUAUGAGAUCGGUUACUAUACAGGUGAUUUAUCGUAAUCGUUAGCGAUACGUAACAUUAAGAAUCUACCCAUGCCGUAGAACAUAUUAAGAGAGAAAUUUCGAAAACGAAAAUUUUGAAACGACAAAAAAAUCUAUGUCUCCCAUACUAACUCAACAGCUGAACAUGCCAUGUUAUUAUGAGAGGCUUAAAUUUUUUUAUCGUUUUUCCAACUUCAUGAAAAUGUUCAAUUUCGCUGGUAGCCUUUUCUCCCUCACUUCACAGAUUGCUAACAAUUUCGAUUUCACCCUGUAUAUCUUGUUAUUGGUUCUAUUUUCGUCUCGUACGGAUCGUAUGUAUCUACAUACAAGAAUGAAGAGACAAAAGUAAUAUAUAUAUAUAUAUAGCUCAAACCAUGUGAUAUCUAGUCUUUUCCAUUAUAAAAUUGUCCUUCCUUUUACAUACUUAAAAUAACCUUAGACGUAAAGCGCAUCCUUAUUGUUCAAGAAGCAUCUAUCUACUUUAUAACUUGGUAUUAACCAAGAUUACUUAUUUAUAGUAAAACUAUGUAUUGGUAUGAAAGCUGUCGGAGCACUAAACAGUACCUCUAAACACAAAUAACUUUUUAUCGUCAUUUAUUUCAUAAAAUACAAAAGAAUUAUGAGAAUAAUAGCAUUUCGAAACAUAGCCUAAAGUCAUUCGACAUUUUCUAUAGACUAAAAUGAAAAAGAUAGCAAUAUAUUAGAUUAAUGUUAACUAAAUCGUAUUGUAUCAGUUUGUAUAAAGGGAAGUAAGUAAACAAAAUUAUGUGCACAUUGGCAGAUAUGCUUGUGUAAUGCGGUGAAACAGGAGCACCCGAAUCUUAACUCGACGCAUCCUGCACAAUAUCUCAGCACAAUAAUUGAUAAAUACUCCAAUAUUCAAAAUAUCAUACUGAGCACUUUCCAAUAACUCCACAAUAAGUUUGCCUCAAUUGGAAACAAAAAUGCACAAGCCACAAUUUUAUAAUACGAAAUAUCUGAUUACUUUCAUUUUUUAGAAUAUUUUUAGUUGUAAGUGUUGAGAUCAUGUGUUUACUGUGUAAGCACAAAAAGGAUUCAAUUCAAAAAAAAUAAAAAUACAAUAACGUUGCUAUGAUUA